UUUCCUCUUCUGGCUCACUCAGGUCUUUUCCGAUGUGGCCUAUAUGACUCAGAUCUUCAGAACUUAAUGAAUUAGAUGACUGGACUACAAUGUGGAAAAAAUCAUGACAGCAAAUGUGGCUUGUCCUGGGGCCGUCAAUGCCGUAAAGGAAGUCUGGGAAGAAAGGAUAAAGAAACACAACGAAGAGGUGAAGCGAGAGAAGGAAUUUCAGUACAAGCUAGUGCGCAUCUGGGAAGACCGAGUCAGCUUAACUAAGCUCAAAGAAAAGGUCACCAGGAAAGAUGGAAGAGUCAUUUUGAAGAUAGAAAAGGAAGAAUGGAAGACUCUCCCUUCUUCCUUACUGAAACUGAAUCAACUACAGGAAUGGCAACUUCAUAGGACUGGAUUGCUGAAAAUUCCUGAAUUCAUUGGAAGAUUCCAGAACCUCAUUGUGCUAGACUUAUCUCGAAACACAAUUUCAGAGAUCCCCCGAGGAAUUGGUCUGCUCACUAGACUUCAGGAACUGAUCCUUAGCUACAACAAAAUCAAGACUGUGCCCAAAGAACUGAGCAACUGUGCCAGCUUGGAGAAGCUGGAGCUGGCUGUGAACAGGGACAUAAGUGACCUCCCAGCAGAGCUCAGCAAACUGUUAAAACUCACUCACCUUGAUCUGAGCAUGAAUCACUUCACUGCAAUCCCUCCUGCUGUGUUGGACAUGCCUGCCCUCGAGUGGCUGGAUAUGGGAGGCAACAGCCUUCAACAGCUUCCUGACACAGUAGAAAGAAUGCAAAGUUUACAUACAUUGUGGCUACAGAGGAAUGAAAUAACAUGCCUACCAGAGACAAUCAGAAAUAUGAAAAACUUGGGGACUCUUGUUCUCAGCAAUAACAAACUACAAGAUAUUCCAGGCUGCAUGGAAGAAAUGACAAAUCUGAGGUUUGUCAACUUUCGAGACAAUCCAUUGAGAUUGGAAGUGACACUUCCUGCCAGUGACAGCUCAGAAGGAGAGGAGGAGCAGGAGCUAUUUGGGGUUCAGUUCAUGCACGCAUACAUCCAAGAGUCACGGAGAGCAGAUGAGCAAGUCAACUGUUGACUCAAAUGCCAAUCUCUAUACAUUCUGAAGGAGAAAGUAACGUAAAGAGCCUUGCUGAAAGGAAUACCUUGAGAACUUGGUGAAUAUUUUUGUGAAUAUCAAAAUAUAAUUUGAAAAGAGUUUCC